AAAGUUCCUGCAAUGCGAGACGGAGACUUCUGCCUGGGUGAAAGCAUCCCCAUCAUGCUCUAUCUGGCUGAGAAGUUCCAGACUCCAGACUUCUGGUACCCGGCCGACCUCCAGCGCCGCGCUCAGAUCAACGAGUACCUGUCCUGGCAGCACACGGGCAUCCGGAUGUACGGGAUCAAGAUGUUCUGGCUGCGGCUUAUGCUUCCUGAGGUAAUGGGUGUGGAAGUCCCAAAGGAGAAGAUGGAUGGAGCCCUGGAGGACCUGAACAACGCUCUGAACCUGAUCGAAGAGAAGUUCCUCCAGGACCAGCCGUUCAUCGGCGGAGACCACCUGUCUCUGGCCGACCUGGUGGCCAUCGUGGAGAUCAUGCAGGUGAGCUGA